UGUUACGGUAGCUGAGAGGCGCAGGGGUGUUUGAACAUGGCGGCGAUACAGAAAAGCAGGACUGAGCUGAAACGUUCUUCUGCCAACACCCUGCUCACUCUCCAGUUAGUCGUUCCCAGCAGGUUCUUCAGGUUCCACUGAAGGGAUCGGUCCUGUGGGUUGUCAGAAGCAAAGUGCAUGCCGGGACAACGUCGAUGCUGACUCAAAACGCUCCUGAUAAGAACUCCUCUGCCUCCUUUAAUACAGUCCCUGUGUUGCUCCGCUGGCCGUUACCUCAAUGCCUCGAUGGAAAGCGUUCUUCAGUCACUACUUGCGAUGGUCCAGCACCGUCACUCAGGCCCUCGUCCUGUCCGUCAUCACGUUUUGCAUUGUUCUGCCUCUGUGCUGCCACCAGCUGCUUUACUCUUACUUCUUCAUGAAGUCCGUGUACUUGGACUCCAUGAGUGAGGACGUCCUGCAGGACAGUCUCAACCAAGGUCAGGAUGCGCUGCGCUUCUGGCAGAGCGCUUCCACCACAGGGGCGCGGUCUUCCAGGUUCCGCAGCAUCGCCCAGCAUCCUGAGCUGCUGGUCACCAUAGUGACAGUCAGGCGGAAGGAAGGACGCGACUUCCACUACUUGCUCCAGGUGAUGCAGCAGCUGAGCGGCAUUGUGGGAGGCUGUGGGGAGCGGCGGUGUGCAGAGCUGCUGGUUUGUGAUGUGGAAAGCGGUCCCCAGGAAAACCAGGAUGCCAAGCUGCUGGAGAAUCACUUCAGGGUGGUCCGGCGCUCGCCUCAGGAGCAGCAGGCGGCCCGGGAACCCAUUAAUACCUUUGAGAGGGAGAAGAGGGAUUACGUCUUCUGUGUCCGCAAGGGGUGGGAGCUGGUGAAGCCCCAAAACAUGGUUGUCCUCGAGGAUGAUGCGUUGCCCAGAGAAGAUUUUUUCAGAGUUGUAAAGGACCUUUUGUCACGUCGCUUCUCCCUUCAGACUCUUUACAUCAAGCUCUAUCACCCUGAGAGGCUGCAGCGCUACUGGAACCCUGAGCCUUACCGCAUCCUAGAGUGGGUGGGGCUCGGGCUGGUCGGAGCAACAGCUCUCCUCCUCAGCUUUGCUUACUGGAACCCCUUCUCUUUCUCCUUCACCCUGUCGGUUGGCCACCUCCUCUUCUUCACCCUUUACUUCAUGGCUGCUGUGGAGCUUCUGGGGCGGCACUACGUCCUGGAGGUGCGGAGACUCUCCCCACAGCUCUACGCCGUCUCCCCGGCCACCGAGUGCUGCACCCCGGCCAUGCUCUACCCCGGCAACGCCUCACUUAGGGUGGCCGAGUAUCUGGACGGCUCGUUCUGUGUCAAGGGGAAUGCCAAAGACAUGGUUCUGUAUCAGAUGGCGAGGACGAUCCCUGGGGAAACGUCUCACAGUGUGGAGCCCAACCUCGUUACCCACAUCGGGGCCUAUUCCUCGGUCAGGCCCAACCCAUUUAAGCCCAAACUCCUCUGACAGAACCAGGAGAUGGUUUAUUAGAUCAGAUUCUUACUUGGUUCUACUCUUCUUUUCUGCCACGCCACCUUCUGGACCCCUCAGACAUUGUGAGUAGAAGAUUUGGCUGCUGUGGUAGUCGGUGUGACACAGUGUUCAGUCACAGCGAUUACAUAAUGUGCCUUUUAAAAUGUUGUUAUAAACAUAAAAUCCAUUUGGUAGAAGCUACUUUCAUCAGAGUUUAUAACAUAACAAGAGGAGACUGUAGCAGAGGAUGGUGUAUAGAGCAUAUAUAUAUAUAUUUAAGAUUCGACAGAAGGUAACGUGACAACAUGAAUGAGACAAUCUGCAAACUGUCUGAUGAAGGUGAUGUAGAGGCAACAUCUCUCAUCUGUCCCAGUGAUUCUGGUGAACCUGCAGCAUCCUCAUCAGACAAAGCACAUCAACUUGGAGCAGGUUUGCAAAGGACCUAUUCAAACUAUUUAAAAAGGUUUUGAACUAAAUCGGGACAUGAAAUACUUUCGCUAAUCCGUGUUUUCAGGUUGGGACCCGACAUCAUAUCAUCAUGCUGGAGAACUUCUUUAAUCGGCUUUUGGGACUUUCCCUGAUUUCCAUUCAUCGGAAGUGAUUCGUGCUUCUGUUCCACCAGUUUUUCUUCUUCCUCCACCGAGGUUUCCUUUUCAACACUGAGAGGACUUCCAUGAAACCUGGUGGAAGGUUCGGACCUGGGCCAGGAAACUGUCUUUAACAAUGUGAAAAGGACAAUUUGUUUACAUUUUAGCCAAUUUCACAAUUGAUGGAUCUUGAAAAAAGAAAACAUCUGACAGAUUCAGUCGGCUAGUAUCUAUGUGCAGUUUGCUGCAGACCCGUAAAAAUACAUAUGUAGCUAAUUUAAACAUUAGCCUUGAUUUCUUUAUGAAACUAUUUUAAAACCCCUCCGAUGCUGCCUUAAUGAUUCAUCAUCCACUUUCAAAAGUUACAGAUUUUUCAAUUAUCAACGUGUUAGAUGGAUACGAUGAAAGUGGCAAGAUGUUUAAGACUUCUUCCCCCGUUCACCCAGAUCUCGUUAAAACUAUGCUACGGGUUUGAAAGCAUUUGACUCAAUCUCUUCCUUCCAGUUCCAGUUCCUUCCUCUUUGGUUGGAAACGUUCCAGUGUAACAAACUAAUCAGGAGUUUAAACAGCAGGAAGCUUUCAGACGUCUUCAUCUUCUCGGCUUUCAAAGCACGACCGUAUCACAUUGAAGUGACAUUUGUCUCGGCUACGUCAGUUUAGGAAACAGGAAGUUGUAGUAUGGUUGAGAAACAGUUAACUUUAUCGGACGCUGAAUCCAGACCAAGAUUCACUGAGAAAGAAUGAGGCUGUGAACUUGGGUUUCUGAUUGUGGCCUUUUGUAUUUUAUAGUCCUGUCUUUGUACAAAGUUUUGAGAUAGUACGCAGGCGCUUGGGCUUCAGCUGUCACUUUUCUCCAUUUGGAAAUGUCACGCCUAAUGUUACAACAUUUUUUGAGCAGCCUUACCUGUGUUUGUUACUUUGCCCUUUUAGAGGUAGAACAUGUUUAACAUUUGGAUGCUUUGGUUUUGAGAUUCUGGCUCUCUGCUGGAUCAUGAGGCAAACUACCUGUGACCGUCUGUUCUUCUUGACGGGAUAUUUAGAAUUCAAACAGGUCAAUAUCAACUCUUUCCCUCACGUUCAAAUGAAUGAUGGAGUUUAGAAUAAAAGCCUUUGUUUUUUUUUGCUAAGCUAGGCCAAAUUCUUCUUCGCCUGUGUCUGACACAGAAAUGAAGUUGUUGUCGGUCGAAUCGAACUCUGAACGAGACGGAGAUCAAACAGAUUAAUAAAAUGUCCGACAGUUCACUGAACUUAGCAUCCUGCUAGCCACGCUGAAUGUGCCUUCGAUGCUCCUGACGCUGGACAUUAUAAUAAGAGAAGCACUGAUUGGGAAAUUCUUGGCCGAUAAAAAUGUUUCCAAUAACAAUUUGGCUGAGAGCUGAUGUUUUUUUACUGUUUUGUUUGUUGUUAUUUUCAUCAAACUCACACAUAUAAGAAUGAUCCUCUAAUGAGGUUAGAGCACCACCAAGUGGACAUUCUAAGGAUCUGCAGCUUUUCACCAUUUAUCCAGCGCAGAAUUCACACAACAGAUAAAAAUCCGUCACUGCCAUCGAUGAACCAUCUUAUUUGAUGUUCAGCCAAUAAAUCAGUGCAUCUCUGAUUAUUAUAAUAUUAUAUAUAUUUAAUUUGCACUCGUGUUAAGUAAUGACAUUUAAUUAAUUGCUGUACGAACAACAGGAAGUCGCUGCCAAAGUAAAACCAUCAGGCCUAUGACAGUUUUUCACACUGCCACUAAUGACACUGUAAUAUUCCUUAAAAUCUCUUUCUCUCUUUAGAGAAGUUAGCGCCUUUGUCCGGCUUCGUCUUUACUGUGAAACACGAGGAGACAUCGAUCUGAAACUCUUACUCUCAAAAGAACCAUUUUUCCUCAGAUGUUCGCUCAUCGAUGAUUUUGACGCCUCAUGUGAUCGAAACGUUUGAACUCUUUGUUUGGUUGAAAAACGUUAGAGGGUUCAUUUAUAGUUAUGUUUGAAAAAAUAAGAUUUAUAUUACAUAUGUUUUAACGGAGCACCUUAAAGAUUUGACUGUUGCUGAUGGAGCAUCCUCUUUGUUGAAGAGCUGCUCGUGAUCAGUUAACGUUUACAACCGAUCAAAAUAAACACAUUUUCUUUAAAUGAAUUAGGAUUAUUUCUGAUUCAACGUUAUUUGCACUUUAUUAAAACACUUUAGUAAAAACAGUGUACAGAGUUCAACAUACACUGAUCAGCCACAAUGUUUAAACCACCUGCCUGAGGUUGGGUAGGUUUCCCUUGUGCCGCCUGAACAGCUCGGACCUCCGACAGGAAGUGGAGAUGAGUCGUCCAUCUUUAUUUAUGUCUUUAUAUACAGUCAUUGAUUGUGUUUAUAUACAGAUAUAUACGGCCCACAGGAACUAUCAUUUUGGAGACGCAGUUGCUCACGAUGCCUCUUGUCCAAGUCGCUCAGAUCCAACUCACCCGUCGCCAGCGCCUCCUUCAACAAGUUAUAUUUUCACUUCAGUGGUUUUAACGUUGUGGCUGAUCGCUGUUUUUAAGAUGAGGAAAUAAAAACAUUUUUAAGUCAAAGUGCUUCUGUACAGAAUGAACAGUUCUAGUGUGUAGACACAAACUAAAAUAUAUAAUAUAUAAGUGUGUGUGUGUCUCAUAAGUUUGAUUUUCACCUCAGUUUCGCCUUCAACUUGUUUUAAGUUUACAACAUUAACGUCGGUUUGGUUUGAGUUUGUUUGGGAUUUGAUUUAGUUUUUUUCUACCAUUUUUAUUUCAUUCUGUGUUACAUCAAUAUUUAGAUUUAUUUGAAGUUGUGUAACGUCACUGCUGUUGAUGACUUACCUCAUGCUGGAUUCUGUCAGACAUGAAUUCUGAAUCUGAACAAUCGAUCAGCUGACCAAAGACUGGUGCUCUUUUCAUGUUUCAAUCUGAAAUUUCAAAAUAAAAGCCUUGUAUUGAUUUUACCGAAAUGAAUUUCGACAUUGUCCUGACUAUGACUCUUUCACUGUUUUCUGUAUUCAAAACACAAUAAAUCACUGGGUUGUCAGAAA